CCAAGUCAGUGUGGUAUCGUUGUUGACGGAGUGCGGUCACGGUUGCGUUUUCUCUGCUGUGUCGUCGUCGUAGCUUCCAACUGUAUACUAGGCUGCUAUACUUUACAGUUUACUGUAGCUAAACGAACGGGCGACCUUUCAAGAGUGUUUUUCAGAAUUUAUCUCCCGAGUUUCACCGACUAAGUAAGUUUCGGGAAACGGUGCUCGAGAGUUACGUUGCAUUCGGCUCAAUUAAGAGUGCAGUUUGCGUGCCGCCGCUGAUCUACAAUUGUGAUUACCAAGGGGUUAGAACAAUUAAUACUACUUACGUUGAUAAAUGCUGCUUGUGGUGUUUGGAAACAACGAAGCACGUGUAAAUUUCCUGACAUCGGCCUUGGCCCUUCGAGUGUUGACUAGAGAAGAUCUAGAGUGAAAUUUGCUUUGGUGCAGUGUUGAAGAUAAUCCUGAAAUAGUUUCACACCGACUCGCUUUCUAAGUCGGGAGAGUGAAAUAUCUACUUAUCUCCCAAUCUUAUGUCCCGCGAGUGAUUGUGCAAUCGACUGUUUACCAGAAGAAGAAGAAAAAGCCUAGUACCGAAAUAUCUGUACCUUGUCAAGUAUUAGCCGAUUGCCACAAGCAGAGUUCUGUGAGGCGAUUCGUAUGUUAUCAACAGAGUGGUAGUAACCGAAAAACCACACCUGAAGCCGUCGUCGUAAUCGAGGGUCGUCAACCGCUGCUGCUGGUCCGGCCCCGCCAUGGCUGAAGCCCAUUCAGCUGUCGCAUUUUCGUUUUCGAUCACCCACGAAGGAUGGCAUCUGAACUACGACCGGGAAGUGCUAAAUCUGGUCUGGCAGUCAGGUCUCCGGUCCUGGAAGAAACGAUUGGCCCGGUUUAGGACCGGUGUUCGGAACGGAGUUUAUCCCGCGCAUCUUCAGAGCCUUUGGCUAGUGAUAGCGGUAGCGCUGGCGCUCCAUUUUACACAACGACAUGUUCCCUUCAAUUUAGUUAGUAAAUUUCAAACACUUUUACCGGGUGACACAACGGGAUACCAGGUGACGGCAUGUUGUCUGGCGGGUUCAUUCUUCUGGCUGUGCAUUUGCUACACCAUGCGGUACUCGCUGAAGUUACUGCUCAUGUACAAGGGCUGGAUGUACGAGAAGCGAGCACCAGGCAGUAAGGUUUCCCUGCCGACACGGCUUUGGGCACUCUUUGUUAAGGUACUGGCGACGUGGAACAAACCAGGACUGUACAGCUUCCAGGGUUCUCUACCACGAUUGCCGCUACCCAAAGUGGACGAAACUAUGAGCAGGUACCUUCGGUCUGUCCGGCCACUUUUGGACGACAGCAAUUACACACGCAUGGAAAGGUUGGCCAAAGAAUUUCAAGACACGAUCGCUCCCAAGCUUCAGCGGUACCUGACGCUGAAAAGCUGGUGGUCCACGAACUACGUUUCGGAUUGGUGGGAGGAAUACGUCUAUCUGCGAGGUCGUGGAGCCCUGAUGGUCAACAGCAAUUUCUACGGCAUCGACGCCAUCUUCAGUCACCCCACAACGAUUCAGAGUGCCCGUGCCGCCAGUGUCAUUCACAUGUUGCUGCAGUUCCGAAGAAUCGUAGAACGCCAAGAGCUGGAACCGAUCCUGGUCCAAGGGCUGGUACCUCUAUGUUCAUGGCAAUACGAGCGCAUCUUCAACACAGUCCGUGCUCCCGGAGUAGAAACCGACAAAAUCAUCCACUAUCAAGACUCGAAUCACAUUGUGGUGCUACACAAAGGCUGUUACUAUAAGAUGAUCAUUUAUCACAACGGACGUAUCCUUCGUCCCUGCGAACUGCAGAUUCAGAUCGAAGAAAUCCUAAACAGUAGUGACAAACCACAACCGGGCGAGGAACAUCUAGCUUCCCUGACCGCAAGCGAACGAACCAAGUGGGCCAAGGUGCGGGAGUCCAUUUUUGCCAAGGGAGUCAACAAAACGUCGCUACAUUUGAUCGAAAGUGCCGCCUUCGUCCUUUCUCUGGAUACGGAACCGUUCGAGUUCGACAUGGCCCACCCGGAAAAGUUGGACAACUAUGGUCGCCAGAUGCUGCACGGCAACGGAUACAAUCGGUGGUUCGACAAGAGUUUCACUGUGUGCGUCGGAAGUAAUGCUAGAAUUGGCUUCAAUGCAGAACACACGUGGGCGGACGCAGCUGUGAUGUCACAUCUCUGGGAACAUUUGAUCAUGGAAGAAAAUGAGCCGCGGGCCGAUGCACCUGUGAUGGCUCAUGUUUGGGAGUUCAUCGUAGCGGAGGAAGCGCACAUGAAUCGAUACGAUGAAAACGGAAAUACUCUGGGCAUACCGGAAUUCGAGCCACCCAAACCGAAACGAUUGGCGUUCGAUUUGGACAACAAGGUUGCCCUCGAUGCGAUCAACGAGGCCUACCUGUCAGCUCAACAGCUGCUGAACGAUGUCGACCUUCGUUGCUACGUGCACAGCGCCUACGGAAAGGGUCUGAUGAAGAAGUGUCGCCUAUCGCCGGAUGCUUUCCUACAGAUGGCCUUGCAGUUGGCCUAUUUCCGAGAUGCCGGAAAGUUUUCCCUAACAUACGAAGCUUCGAUGACCCGUCUGUUCCGCGAAGGACGCACAGAAACGGUGCGUCCCUGUACCAUUGAGUCCGUUGCAUGGGUUAACGCCAUGAGUGAUCCAAAGUGCAGUGUCGAAAAACGUGUCAAACUUUUGAACGAGGCUUGCGAACGGCACCAGCUCGGUUAUCAGGAUGCCAUGUGCGGCAAGGGUAUUGAUCGUCACCUUUUCUGUCUGUAUGUGGUGUCCAAGUACUUGGAGGUGGAUUCGCCCUUCCUCAAGGAAGUGCUGAGCGAACCGUGGCGUCUUUCAACCAGCCAAACGCCCCACGGGCAAACUUCAAAGAUGGAUCUGAAGAAGCACCCGAACUGCAUAAGCGCUGGCGGAGGUUUUGGUCCAGUUGCCGACGAUGGUUACGGUGUGUCCUACAUCGUGGCCGGCGAGGAUCUGAUUUUCUUCCACAUUUCCUCGAAGAAGGCAUGCGGGACGACGAGCUCCGAACGAUUUUCGCAGCAGAUUGCCCGGGCGCUCGAUGAUAUGAAGCACCUUUUCGAAGAAUACAAAAAACUGCAACAACCCAAAAGUGCAGCUAAUGGAGCGACCAAAUAAUAGUAUUGUGGUCACCGGCUGAUCAAACCUCCAGAAAGGCAGUUGGGCAACGUUCAUACGUUUCCAACGCAGCACUUCAGUACUGAUGAUGCAUAUGGUUUAUGAUUUAAAAAACGAGAAGAUGUGCGGGAAAACAUGCAAACAUAUCCACCGUCUGUCUAGAUCGAAAUUCGAGUGUAGUUUAAACUAAUUGUAGUUCAGUCAUACAGAGUAAUAAGCAUUGGAUCACAAAUUAGUUCUAUGGCUAGCUUCAAUUUUCUGUUUGUAAAAAAAACAAUCAUGAGAUGCAGUGUAAGAUUUAAUGCAUGUCUUUUGUUCUUCUUUCGAUAUUAUUCUGAAAUCAUUUUACCAAGCUUCACGAUCCUUUUAGCGAUAAGUCUUAUUUAGAAAAAAAGAGCGUUAAGUUUGAAAGUAGCGAAAUAUUGAUAUUAGGAAAAGUAAAUUAUUUUACCAACAAUGUGUAUUAAUGCAAAGUAAUGUUUAAACCCACAACAAAAAUCCGUGCAAAAAAACUCAUUUGAAAAUAAAUAAAUAAAUUGUAAAAUGAUGUAUGCACUUGAAAGCGUCUUUGAUUUUACCCUUCCAACGAUAACGCUUCUGCAAUGAAUUAGACUGUGUUAAAACAACCAAACUCCCAAAAACCUACGGACUAAGCUAUUGAUGGCAAUCACAAUCUUUCAUAUUCGUUUCAGUUGUUUUCGAAGAAUAAUAAUAGUUAUGUAAGUAGUUAACGCAAGAGUACCAUACAAAAAAGUUUUGGUUAUUGCUCAUUCGUGACUUGUUACCACUUUUGUGGUAUUCAUUGUAGAAACUAUUAUCAUAUAGAUUCAGUGAUACAUUCAAUUAUUCACAAUUUCUAUGGCAUGAUUAAAAAAAGGUGUUUUUUUCUUUGCUGUAUUUUAAAGUCUAAAAAACUGGUCAUAAAUUUUCGUUUCGUUCUACAACUUUGUUCAGCAAGCUCACUUAGGACUAUGGGGCAAAAUAGUAAAGUAGUAAAUUACUCAAAACGUGUCUACUAAAGCAAUGAACAAUGCAAUUUUCAAAAAGUAGUCCAGUCUUAAGUGCAAAAUUUUUAAAGAGCAACUCAUUAGAAGGAAACAUCAUCGAGAAGGUACUUUAAGGAAACACCACAUACAAAAACAAGAAGCUUUUCUAGAACACUUGUUAUUUGGAUACUGUUUACCUAUGAGUUGCUAGUGCAAGAUAAUUGAAACAUUAGAAAAAUAAAUUGAUGUGUCUAAAAAUA